UUUUCGAAAUGAUUCCGGAUUUUCUCGCUGGUGUCUUAUGCAUCACAGUGACUUUGAAUUGGAGUAACUACCCGGUCCACAUGUCACCCUUCCCUGCUGGGAACUGUGCCCUUUGUUGUCCUAUCCAGUUAGAUCGUGACAUCGAGUACCAGCUGUAUACCAGACGCAACCCAACAACGGCCAACUUACUGAAAUUAAAUGAAACUGCAAGCCUGCAGAGGAGCAACUUCAACCGCAGCAAUCCAACAGUCUUAUACAUUCACGGGUACAGCGAACGUGCACCAGGUCUCAGCGGAGCAACGAUUAGAGACGUAUAUUUGAGACGCGGAGAGUACAAUAUAAUUUUGGUCGAUUGGGGUAAGCUCGGUGCGCUGCCAUGGUACGUUACCGCUGUCAGCAAUACGAGAACUGUUGGAUUAUAUGUGGCACGAAUGGUCAGCUGGUUGGACGUUCAAGGUGCAGUUCCGAUAUCUAGGAUUCACGUGGUCGGAUUCAGUUUGGGAGCGGAAGCGGCUGGAUUCAUGGGUAAAGCGUUGGCGCCGCGAAAAGUAGGCAGAAUAACUGGACUCGAUGCUGCGUAUCCAUUGUACAUGAACACAGGUGCGGAUGGUCAUUUGACGGCGGCUGAUGCAACAUUUGUUGACGUUAUUCAUACCGACGGAGGAAUAUUUGGAUUUUUGACACCACUCGGUCAUGCGGAUUUUUAUCCCAAUGGUGGUAGACCACUGCAGCCUGGAUGCAUCGCAGGGAACUUCAUAUCGAUGGGAGUUACUCGAUUAGUUAAUCAAUACAUCACUUGUGGUCACAAUAGAGCAUGGAGAUUGUACGCGGAAUCUGUGACGAAUCCGACCGGAUUUCCGGCCAGUAGAUGUCAACGUUGGCGACCGGAAAUUCCGGCAAAUUGCACAUGGACACCCGACGCUCUGAUGGGCUUUGCAGUGGAUUCCAGAACACGAGGAAUUUAUUAUUUAAGAACGAAUUCGCAAUCGCCGUUUGCGAGAAACACGACUGGCUAUAACACCAGAAAAUGAGACAGCUGAUUUUUUGUCGGAUGAACCACAAAAAACACUUCGAGAAAUCGAUUAUUCUGAACGGUAAUCUUUUGAGUCAGAUUACUCGGCGCAAAGACAGAAACAGAUGUUCGCCAAUAAUUUUUUCAAAUAUUAAUAUUUGCGAGACUAGGGAAUUUUUAAUUCAUUGAAAAGGGAAGGUGCGCAUUAUAAUUUUUUUAGUACGCGUCCAUCUUUCUUCAAGUACACAAAAAUGGAUCUGUAAACGUCAUGUUCAGCAAUGCCAUUUUAAUUAUUAAUUCCGUCUCCUUGUGCAGUAAUGUUACACAAUCCACAUGUCAGUACAACGAUAGAUAAUUGAAUUUUUUAUUUGCGAUGCUCCUGUCGUCACGACUGACAGCCAUUAAUAUAAAAGGAUCUACGACGUUGUGUACAGUAAAACCUGUUUUUGUGCGGUGCUUUUUUAUGCGAUUUUAUUUUUGUGCGAUUGGUUUUGUGCGAUUUUAUUUUUGUGCGAUUUUUUUCGUGCGAUUUAUUUUCAUGCUGUAUAUGAAUAUUAGCGGCGUUAGCAUCAGUUUAUUGUUUCCUAUCAAUGUACAUAUACAUGUUGUGGAUGAACUCUGUUUACGUGGUCUCCUUGAGAACGAUGUAUCUGGACCUCGCGGGAAUAAAAAAUGUUUGUUUAAAAUAAAAAAUAAAAAAAAAAUAAAAAAAAUCCUAUCUUCAAGCAACGAAAGCGAUUUUCAACCAAUUCAUCACAAGAAGAUGCGCGUUUAGGAUUACGACGAGUAGCAGCAAACUAUUUAAUGUAUAAUUUGAAAACUUCUCCAUGUAUAUGUACAAUGAAGAAAUUAAUAUUUUUACAAUUUCUUU